UUUAUGUUCUUUGCGUUCAGUUUAUCAAGCAUUAAAUAAAGUAAUUAAGAUGAAAUCCAUCAUGAGUGUUGUGUAUUUAUUCGGUCUUAUUGUUUCUUUGAACAGUUCGCCUAUGGUACCAAGCGGUGGUGAGACAUCAGGGACAUCAGAACCAUCAGGGAACAGUCAGGAAACCAUCUUGCCCGAACCUAUUAGAAACUAUUUAGUAAAUGUUUCUUUGAAUAGUUCGCCUACGGUACCAAGCGGUGGUGAGACAUCAGGGGCAUCAGAACCAUCAGGGAACAAUCAGGGAACCAUCUUGCCCGUACCUAUAAGAAACUUUAUUAUAAAUCUUUUGUCUAAAUUAAAUCGAAAUGCAUUACCCAAAGAUGUAUUAGAAUUGAUAAAUGGUCCUGAUUUUUUAAAAGCACUAAAUGAUGUAAAAGAUGAGACAGCUUUAAGAUUCUUUUCGAAAGUACAACUUGACUCAGAGUUUAUUGGACAGCUUAUUUUUACCAGGAACUUUAUUCGUGAAAUAGAUUCAAAGCAUCCGAUAAAUUUACGUCAACUGCAAAACAGUGCAC